UAGCGUGUGCGUCUGCAGUAUUCGCUAGAAAAGUUUGAAAAGUUUGAUCCUCUACCAUUGUCUGUGUUUUGCCACAAUUGCACAAGUAUGUUUGUAAACUUAUUCAGCAAACCUAGGAGACUAUAAAUUUUGGCAAUUGCUUGAUUUCACUCAUUCUCUAAAAUCUGCCAUUCAACUGCGGUAAAUCGUAGUUUAAACUAACAUCGAACAACUAGAGCUAGAUUAAGCGCAGCAAUUGAAACAGAUAAGCCAAACUGGUAUCAGUGUCCCACGUGUUGAAUCGUGAUGAACAAUAUCGACCUUCGUAAGGUCAUCAACGGUACUGUAUUUUCGUUUUUCUUUUCAACAUUUAGUUUCCCACUACGAAGCGCCAGUAACAUAUAUAAAACUAGAGCACCGCAAACCUCCAUUUAUUAUCACUGGCCAUAAUGGAACAUAGUUCGCGAGUGGCUCUAAAGCAAUCAACGGAAUUGUUACAUGUUAGUUUGAUCGACAUGCCGAGCGAAGAUCGAGCAAAUUUUAUAGAAGAUUUGCGCACUACACCAGAAUGGAUCAAUGCAGAGUACUUUAGAACGUUGCUACAAAAGUGUAAUAAUGAUCUGACAAUCGAAGUUCAAGCGGUGAGAGUGAAAUAUGCGUUACCAAAAGGUGAAAAUUUUGCCAGUGUCAUCUAUAGAGCUCAAGUGAAGUAUCGUAGAUUGGGUGAACCGGUGACGACCUGCAGUUUCAUUCUCAAGGGUGUAUCAGAAUCUCCUCUGGCCAGGCAAAAACUAGGCGAAUACGAUGUUCAUGGAAAGGAAAUGGACGUUUACCAGUUGGUUAUUCCUGAAUUGAUGCGACUGAUGAAAUCAGCUGGCGAGUUGUCGGAGCUCUAUCCCAAAGCACUGUGCGUAGAUCGAAGUCACGAAAUGAUCAUUCUGAACGAUGUUCUACAGAAAGGAUUUGUCAUGGUUGAUAGAACGAUGGGAUUGGAUGCAGCACAUUUGAAAAUGUCACUCAAAUCGAUGGCCAAACUACAUGCCAGCUCUAUGAAACUGGUAGAAAUGUUUCCAACGAUCUUCGAUCGCUAUACUACUGGAAUGAUGAAUCGCAAAACGAAUGCGUUCCACAUGUUCUUCCAGUCCACGUACGAUGCACUAACGGAUGAAAUCUACACAUGGAACCCUGAAUGGCAUUACUACGCAAACAAAUUGAGAAAACUUCGACCUCAUUACCUUGAGCAAGGAAUGACUGUUUUCGACAACGAUAGUGAGAAUGAUCUACGGGUAUUUGUACAUGGUGACUUCUGGGUUAACAAUCUGAUGUUCAAAUAUGACACUAACGGUCUUCCGAUCGACGUGCUAAUCUUAGAUUUCCAAUAUUGCUGCUACGGAAGUCCUGCUAUCGAUUUGUGCUAUUUCUUCUUCACGUCAUCCAGUGAUGAGAUACGUCAGAAUGGCUUUGAUCAAUAUAUGCAGUACUACUACCAUCAGUUGUCAAAUUAUGUUAAAAAGUUCAACUGUUCGUUACGGUUCCCUACUUUGCACCAAUUUUAACAACAGCUAUUGAAGAAAAUGUUCUAUUCUGUCCAUUCCAGUAUAGUGGCCCUGCCGUUGCACUUGAACAAAAUAGCAGAUGGCGCCGACCUUGAAACCUUGCUGGCAGGUGAUGAGCGUUCGAAGCGAUUCAAGAGGGCUAUCAUGACCAACACAAACUACCAAAAGAUCAUCAAGGGUUUACUGCCAACCUUUGACCGAAAGGGUUUACUUGAUAAGCUUGAUUGAUGACGAUGCCAAUUGUUUGUGUUGACGAAUCCUAGCUUUGUAAAUAUAACUUCUAGCGAAAACGUUUCAAAUAAAGGAUUAUUGAAUUAGA